AUGUCUACAUUUACACACUUGAUCCGUUUCCUGGCUAAGGAUGGCCAAAUUUACUACGGCGACGCAGUUCUCCCUACUGGAGUGAGCGACAUCUCCAAGGCCACUCAGGCCAAAGUCAUUCAGGGCGAGAUUUUUGGCCAGCACCAGGUGACUGACCAAGUGGCCGAUGUGCGCAUGCUUCUGGCACCUCUGGCGCGCCGGGAUAUCAAGACUGUUCGCUGUCUGGGCCUCAACUACGAGCAGCAUGCUAAGGAAUCCAACCUGCCCAUUCCCAAGUAUCCUGUCCUGUUCUUCAAGCCUGUUACCGCCAUUUCAGGCCCUACAGAUGAUAUCCCAGUUGCCGCCAUUGCACAAGAGAGCGAGGGCCUGGAUUACGAGUGCGAACUGGUCAUCGUCAUCGGUAAAGAGGCCCGCAAUGUGCCUGAAAGUAAGGCGCUGGAGUAUGUCUUAGGAUAUGCAGUUGGUAACGAUGUUUCCCAUCGUGAUUGGCAGAUCAAGCGUGGCGGUGGCCAGUGGGGAUUAGGUAAAGGAUUUGAUGGAUGGGCUCCUUUUGGACCGGGAAUCGUCUCUUCCAAGGUGAUCACUGAUCCUAAUGCUUUGCAUAUCUCAACCAUCUUGAAUGGAAAGACUGUGCAGUCCUCGUCCACCAAGGAUAUGAUUUUUGGCGUCGCCAAGACUAUUGCCUUCUUGUCGCAGGGUACUACCCUCUUGCCGGGAGAUCUGAUUUUCACUGGAACACCUCAAGGUGUUGGAAUGGGCCGCAAGCCCAAUCUGUGGUUGAAGGACGGCGAUCAGGUGGAGGUUGCACUAGAGGGUGUUGGCUCUUGCAAGAACCGAGUCAUCUAUGAUAAGCCUGCAUCCAAGCUGUGA